AUGGAUGUGGUAGGGAGCGAAUCGUCGGCUGCCACUGAAUCAGUUCUCCGACGAGUCGUCAACAGUAGCAAUGACGCUGACGAAGUACUGCGAAAAUUCAAAUGCCCGGAGUGCGGCAAAGCGUUCAAAUUCAAGCACCAUCUCAAAGAGCACAUCCGAAUUCACUCGGGAGAGAAACCGUUCGAGGUGAGCCACAGUCUUCUCUUACCUAAUCCAUCUCAUUUUCAUGGCACUUUCAUAUUGGGUGCACUUGGAGAAACCUCUGGUUUUUGGAAAGUUCAAGAGAAUCCUUUUUCAAUACGCGAAACGAUAGCCCUUCUUCCGCAUAAUGCUUGUUAUGACUAUCGAAUUGUGCCGAUGUCGUCUUCUUACCUAUAUGUAAUAUAA